GGCACUUUAUCUGUAUUACUUCUCUCCACCCAGGUGUAUAACUGGGUACCUGAGGAGGUUCAAGUGCAAAAUGCGCUGAUAUAUUUCAUGUAGCAAACUAUGGAAUUUACCCAUAGGCAUCGUUUCAAUGACUGAGGUAAUAAUGUGGAAAAGCGACAAUGUCUGCGUGCUAUCCCAUAUGUAUAUCUUGUUUAUACCAUAUUUCUGCCUUAUCGUUUACAAUUUUUAUAAACAAUAUUUAUAUUUUUGAUUACAGUAUAUCAUAGCGCUGAUGGUCAUGUUUGUUAUCGAAAUUAUAGGGGGCGUUACAGCUUUGUCUUUUUACACACAGGGAACAAAUGAUUUGGAGCGAGUGAUGUUAGAAACCGUACAACAUGGGUUCGGGAUUGGAGGUAAUGAAAACGCCCAAGAGGAUAACACAUUCGCAUGGAAUAAUGUUCAAGAGCAGUAUGAUUGUUGUGGAGUAAUAACCGGCCAGUCUGGACCUCCAGUGUACCUAUAUUCACAAUGGUGGAGAGACCAACCUGUUAUAUCACGUGCUAAAGUUCCUUUGUCUUGUUGCAAAGAAGGAAGCAAUGGAGAACCAGAAGAUCCAAGCCACUGUCAAAGUGAGACUACGGACUACAGUCAAGUGUACAGCACGGUAACUUACCAAUUAUGAAAUGUAGUCCUAUCC